AUGGCCGGUGACGCUUCUGCUCAAUCCCCACCACUCAGCAUGGGUCUCUUUUUCAAGUACGGAGUUGCUGGUGCUUUGGGUUGCUCCAUCACUCAUAGUGCUGUAGUACCACUCGAUGUCGUCAAGACUCGUCUCCAAACCAACCCAGGUGCCUACACUGGUAUGUUCAACGCCUUCUCCACCAUCGCCUCCAAGGAAGGUCCAAUGAUGUUGCUCCAAGGUCUUGGUCCAACUGCCGUUGGUUAUGCCCUCCAAGGUUUCCUCAAGUUUGGUUUCUACGAACUCUUCAAGAAGAAGUACGCUGAAGCCGUCGGUCCAGAAAAUGCCAUUCAAUUCAGAAUCCCAAUUUGGUUGGCUGCUUCUGCUACUGCUGAAACUAUUGCAGAUCUUGCACUUUGCCCAAAUGAAGCUGUUAGAAUUCGUUUGGUAGCUGAACCAUCAUUUGCCAAGACUCCAGUCGAAGCUCUUGGAAAGAUUGUCAAGAGUGAAGGUGUCAUGGGUCUCUACAAGGGUCUCCCACCUAUUCUUUUGAAGCAAGUUCCAUACACCAUGGCCAAGUUUGCCGUCUUUGAAUUCACUGCCGAAUCUGUCUACACUUAUUUGGCCAAGAACGGAACUCCAAAGGAAUCCAUGACUGACAGCCAAAAGUUGACCGUCUCUCUUGGUUCUGGUAUCGUAUCUGGUGUUGUUGCCGCUAUCGUCUCUCAACCAGCCGAUACCGUCCUCUCCCUAAUCAACAAAGAAAAGACCGACGGUGGUGUCACCAAGGCUAUUGGUAACAUCAUGAGACGUCUCGGUGUCUCUGGUUUGUUCCUCGGAGUCGGUACAAGAUGCUUUAUGGUCGGUACUCUUACCGCCGGACAAUUUUUCAUUUACGAUGGCUUAAAACAAAUCUUAGGAAUUACUCCAGCUAAAAAGUAA